GUCUGUAAUGCGCAGUAAAAAACUGAAAACGUUUACUAUAAAAUCUAAUUGAGUUUCGAAAAUCUCAAUAAAUCUCUGAAGAUGGAACUUAGCCACCAAAUUCUGAGGCGUUUUGCCAGUGUGUUGCGUAGAACCUACCGGUUUUUCAGUCGAUUUCUGAAGGUACCUUAAAAUCAAUUUCUGCAAAAACGGAUUUGAUAAAAAAAAUGUUUAUGAAAUCGGAGAAUAAAACUUUACCCUGAAAUCCCAAACCCGUUUUUCCUGCUUUUGAGUAGAACUUGGUUACUUUUAGGUUAAUUUUCAAAAUUCAAAAAGCACGUGAAAAUUUUAAAAAUUUGUGACAAAAAGCCGACAACUUAGGCAAAACUCCUCCUCGCUUUAAAAAAUUUCAAUAUAUGCCCGAAUUUGAAACUUAGACACAAACUUCGGAAGCGUUUUGCCAGUUUUUGUGUAGAAUUCGGCAAUUUUUUCUUCGAAUUCUAAAAUUGAAAAAGCAUCUCAAAGGUCCCCAAAGUCUACCCAAAGAAACUGACAACUUUUUCCAGGAAACCACAUACAUUUGAAGUUCGAAAAAUUUCCAAAAUAUUAGGGAGUUAAACUUUCCUGUGAAAUCCUGAAUUGCUUUUCAUGUUUUUUGCGUGAUUUCCUUCCAAAAUUCAAACACCACCAAAAACAGAAAAUUUUCCAAAAGGUGAACUUCAACUUUUUUCGGAAAUUUUUUAUAAAUCUUUGAAGACAGAACUUAUACCCAAAAUUCUUAGGCGAUUUGCCAGUUUAUUGUGCAGAACUGAACGACUUUUCGGUCGAUUUCCAAAAUUAAAUUAAGCCAUUUGAAUUUCGAAGAUUUUACGAACAACCGCAGAAUCAAACUUUUCUGUGAAAUCCUCAAGUGUGUUUUGCAUGGAAUCCGGUGAUUUUUUCGCCGAUUUUCAAAAGGCGCUUAGAAAAGCCUCGAAUUCGGGGCGAGAAGCCGCAAACUUUUGCUAAAAUUUAUACCUACGAGAGUUUCAAUAAAUCUCUAAAAAGAUCCCUAAAAGGAUUAAAAGACUGCGAUCAGUGAGCGGCAGAAGCAGUAAAAGCGAAACUGGCGCAUCAGGUGCCAAAUGCAGGCGCGAUAGUGAGUAAAGCCGAUAAUUGCAUUAAUUCCUCCGGGGCAGAAGUUCCGAUGAGACCCAACAAGGUGUGAUAUCGCACCGAAGAGCUAGCUGGGGGUGUCUGGGAGAGAGUGACCCACUUGGGGGCCGAAGUGUGCCAAAGCGAGCUGAGUCUUCAGUCGGAAGCCGCCGAUCGUUGCGCCCGUCAUCUCGUUCUUCUUUCUUCAGCGAUUGUUGCGCGACGUGCGGACUCGUCGGUGUCGGCGUGAUUGAGGGGCACGCGCCACUCCGAGUUCACAUCCCCAGUGACUAAGUUUGAAGGCGAUUGUGAAGACAUAUUCUUCAAAACAGAAAAAAGCUAGUGGGGUUGCAACUGCAAACACAAUUCCCAUCUGAGGUUUCGAGCACAAAGGCCGGCGAAAUGAGCAGCUUAUUGUGAACACUCGACAUCCAAUUAUGUAAAUUCACUUUCGUUCAUCACCAGAACCAAAUGGAACCCAGAUAUCGUAUGGGAAUUCGAAACUAGGUCGAUCAUUAAUGGGAUUAAGUAUGCUUUGGAUGGCCAUCCUAGGUGCCAUUUUGGUAUGGACCAGCGUCCCAGCGGCAGAAAGCACUUCUUCGGAUCGGCAAGGCUACCAGAUCAACCCGAAACCCUGCUGGGUGGAUGGGCAGGAAGGCACCUGUAUGUUCGUAUAUGAAUGCAUCAAGUCCGAAGGUUACCAUAUCGGCAUGUGUGUGGAUGCUUUUAUGUUUGGCUCCUGCUGCGCCUACAAUGUGACCUCCAACGCUUUAGGGGCGGCCUCCAAACCGCAGGUUCUCUACACCACACCCACCCUUCACCAACCCACUACCAGGAAACCAAUAAAGAUCACCUCGAUGGGAUUCUACAGCAGUAGCCAUCUGAGGCCGACAAGACCAUCUUCGCAUGCCACCACGGAAGCAGGCACCAGCAAGCAGCACUCGAUCUCCGUGUCGCUCAAUGUGAGGCCUGGAUCUUCAUCCAGACAGCCCACGCAGCCUCCCAGGCACAGCUUGAGGCCGAUGAGUACCGAUGCUUUUUCGCAUUCAAACAGCAUUUUAGCUCCAUAUACCAAGCCGGAAAAGCAGCCCAGCACGGAAAAAAGUGGAUGGCAAUUCACCACUGAGCCAGGCUUCGUGACUAGGCUGAAGAAGCCGUCGAGUUUCAAGCCGAAACCGUACAAGCCCACUAAAAAACCGCUGCCCACCCACAGCAAGUUCCCCAGCAAGCCCACCAAGCCCACCACUGAAAGGUCCACGGAAACCGAGCCUCCCUCAACGCCCUCAACGUCUCCAAGCACGGAAACUGAGCCUCCGCCCAUCUCCACUCUGAGCAGCUUGCUGGAGGAUCAGAUCGCCAACAAAUCCGAAUGCGGGGUUCCCCAGAUGGCAACCAAGGCGCAGAUGCGGAUUGUUGGGGGCAGGACCGCCCCCUUUGGGCGGUGGCCUUGGCAGGUCUCAGUUCGCCGAACCUCCUUCUUCGGCUUCUCCAGCACGCAUCGAUGCGGAGGAGCGAUUUUGAACGAAAACUGGAUCGCCACUGCAGGCCAUUGCGUCGACGACCUGCUGACUUCGCAGAUCCGGAUUCGGGUUGGAGAGUACGACUUUUCCAGCGUCCAAGAGGACCUUCCCUACGCCGAGCGGUCAGUGGCCCGUAAAAUCGUCCAUCCGAAGUACAACUUUUUCACCUACGAAUACGACCUGGCCCUGGUCCAGUUGGACAAGCCCAUAGAGUUUGCCGCCCAUAUCCAGCCCAUUUGCCUGCCGGCUACUGACGAUCUGCUGAUUGGGGAGAACGCCACAGUGACCGGCUGGGGGAGGCUGAGCGAAGGAGGCACUCUUCCCUCCGUCCUGCAAGAGGUCCAAGUACCGAUCGUGAGCAACGACCGCUGCAAGUCGAUGUUUCUACGCGCUGGACGGCAGGAGAUUAUCCCGGAGAUUUUCCUGUGCGCCGGACAUGACGGGGGAGGGCAGGACUCCUGCCAAGGAGACUCGGGAGGGCCGCUGCAGGUCAAGGGCAAGGAUGGGAGGUAUUUUCUGGCCGGCAUCAUCUCAUGGGGCAUCGGCUGCGCCGAGGCGAAUCUUCCAGGAGUUUGCACCAGAAUAUCCAAGUUUGUGCCCUGGAUCCUCAAGUAUGCCACUUGAGACAGUUGAGCCAGUUCCCAAUUAUUGGCCCUCGUAAUUACUAAAUAUUUAAUUUAUUCCUUGUUGUGUAUAUUGUAUAUAAUUUUCAAAUAAACGCCCCAAUCGGGGACCUAAAAACGAUUGUCCGGCAACGUGA